AUGGCCUCUGAACGUUCCAAAAACUGUGGUUCCAAUGCAGCUGAGGGAGAGCAUGAAGAAGAAAAACUUAUCCACCAGGAAUUAAAUAAUUUAAAAGCCACUGUUUCUGCACCCACUACAACUCUCAAACUGAUGAAGGAAUGUAUGGUGAGGCUGAUCUACUGUGAGAUGCUGGGCUAUGAGGCCUCUUUUGGAUAUAUCCACGCUAUCAAGCUGGCACAGCAAGGCAAUCUUUUUGAGAAAAGAGUUGGCUAUUUGGCGAUUUCUUUAUUUCUGCAUGAAAAUCAUGAGUUGCUGGUUCUGCUUGUGAACACAGUGGUGAAGGACUUGCAGAGCACGAAUCUCAUGGAAGUGUGCAUGGCUCUUACAGCAGCAAGCCAGCUUUUCCCCCAAGAGAUGAUUCCAGCUGUCCUCCCCCUCAUAGAAGAAAAACUCCAGCAUUCAAAGGAAAUUAUUCGAAGAAAAGCUGUCCAGGCACUCUAUAAGUUCUACCUAAUUGCUCCUAAUCAAGUCCAACACAUUCAUGACAAGUUCCGGAGGGCGCUUUGUGACAGGGAUGUGGGCGUUAUGGCGGUGUCUUUGCACAUCUAUCUACAGAUGGUGAAGGAAGAUUCCUGGGAAUACAAAGAUUUGACAGGCAGCUUUGUAACAAUCCUGAAGCAGGUGGUUGGAGGAAAGCUCCCUGCGGAUUAUAACUAUCACAACGUUCCCGCCCCUUGGUUACAAAUCCAGCUUUUACGAAUAUUGAGGCUACUUGGAAAAGAUGAUCCCAGGACCAGUGAAUUAAUGUAUGAAGUUUUGGAUGAAUCUUUAAGGAGAGCAGAGAUCAAUCACAACAUUACCUAUGCAAUCUUGUUUGAAUGCGUCCACACCAUUUACACAAUUCACCCAAAAUCUGAUUUGCUUGAGAAGGCUGCCAAAUGUAUUGGGAAAUUUGUCUUGUCGCCUAAAAUUAAUUUGAAAUAUUUGGGAUUAAAGGCCUUAACAUAUGUCGUCCAGCAGGACCCCAAUCUUGCUCUGCAACAUCAAAUGACAAUAAUUGAGUGUCUGGAACAUCCUGAUCCCAUUAUUAAAAGAGAGACCUUGGAACUUCUGUAUCGAAUAACCAAUGAACAGAAUGUUACUGUCAUUGUGCAGAAGAUGCUUGACUACAUAAAUCAAAGCAAAGAAGAAUAUACCAUCAUCAAUAUUGUUGGAAAAAUAGCAGAGUUAGCUGAAAAAUAUGCUCCAGACAAUGAAUGGUUCAUCCGGACUAUGAAUGCAGUGUUUUCUGUAGGAGGAGAUAAAAUGCAUCCUGACAUUCUAAACAGUUUCUUGCGACUUCUUGCUGAAGGCUUUGAAGAUGAAAAGGAAGACCUUCAGCUGCGGUUUCACGCUGUCCAAUCUUACCUGUCGUUAUUAGAGGAUGAAAAUGCAGUUUAUCCACAGAAAUUUCUUCAAGUGAUGAGUUGGGUAUUAGGGGAGUACAGUUACCUCCUGCAAGAUGUGGAUCCUGAAGUUGUUUUAGCAAAUUUGUAUCGGAUCCUUAAAAACAAUGCCACUUCUGAAACCAAAGCUUGGAUUAUGGCUGCAUUUUCUAAAAUAGCUUCUCGUACGACUUGUUCAAAGACAGUUGACACGUUUCUCUUGGAAUGCAGUACCUCUCUGGAUACCAGCAUGAGACAGCAUGCAUUUGAAUUAAAAUAUCUCUAUGAAGAUAAAGAAUUGAUGAAGAGGUUGUUUCCAUUUGAUGCGAGUUGUAAGAACAUUGUGGUUGAUGCUUCCUUAUCUUUCUUAGAUGGGUUCGUUGCUGAAGGACUGGACCAGGGUGCAUUGCCCUAUAAGCCUCAUCACCAAAGACAGGAAGAGAAACUGUCCCAGGAAAAAGCUCUGAACUUUGAACCCUAUGGGGAAUCGCUUUCUGAGAGUUUCCCUUUAUCCAGAAUUACUGGCAGACAGUCUCCAACGGGGCUUUCUUUGGGCUCAGAUAAUAGUGCUGAGAAAGGACAGAAAGAGAACAGUCUGAAGCUUGAGGGUGUAAAGAAAUUGUGGGGCAAAGAAGGCUACCUCCCCCAAAAGAAAAACCAAGUAGAAGAAGAAGAAAGCAUCCAGGCCGUUCUGCAGGGCAGCCCAUUUGUAGAGCCUGUUGUUAAUAGUUUUCCAUUGCAACCUAAGCAAGAAAUGACGGACCUCGCAGAAGGGAUGAAGGAGAAGCAGCAGCUAGCUUCAGCACUCUUUGUCGGCCUAGGAUCACAAAGCAACAUCAGUCUGUUGGGCAAAGGAGACCCCACCGCUCAGAGGUUUACAAGGAAAUUGAAAACAAACGAAGCCCCCGACAAUGAGAGUUCACUUGGUGUGGAAAGCACAGCCAGCGCUUCCCUAUUUCCGGAAGCGUUAACUGGGAACAAGGACCCUUUUGUAAACAAUGGACAUCUAAGGCUCAGGAAAGCUUCACUAAGUUCUGCUGAAACUUCUGAAUCAAAAGUGGUGCUCGAUCGCUCCCAUUCGUUGCCCGAAGGUGGGUUGAAUGAGAAGCCUCUGGAUCACCGACUUUCCCCACCUUCUUUGCUUAGCCAUGGUCAUAGGGACAUCUUCCAUCCUUCUCCAAAUACUCCCGUUGUCAUUCAAAAGCAAGUCUCCAUGACCCCUUCUUUACCAGAAGAAGCAGCCAAACAUCCUCAUUCAGAAGUUUCAGAACUUUGUGGCAACGAAUCCCUGCUUUUAUAUUUUUCUAAAGUCUGGAAAGAGGACAGUCUUCUGCUUUUUUUAUUUCUUGCCAAUAGAAGCCCUUCCAUUCUUGAAGAUGUCAGUCUGGAAUUUCAACACGCGGAACAUUUCAAGAUGGUAGAAAGUCUUGGCUGCCAACUUGCUGUAAUAGAAAGUAAAAAUAUAGAAAGCUUCCAGAUGUAUGUAGAGAUGGAGGAACCCUGCUCAUCAGGAAAAAUCUUUGGUUGCGUUAGUUAUCUGCUAGAAUUGGAUGUACAUCUCCAAUUUUCUAUAUCUUUAGAGCUGUUGGAUUUUAUCAGACCAAUGAAGAUGACCACGGAUGAAUAUGGAAAACUGUGGCUCUCCAUUUCUAAUGAAGUCAAACAAAACCUAAAGGUGGCACCUUCUCAAGGAGCUCUGCCAGUGAUGCUAGACAUCUUUCAGCAAAAACUGAAGCUACAUAUUGUUGAUAUCAUAGGAAAUGAGGGAAUAGCAGCUUGUCGACUGCUUCCGUCAAUCCCAUGUCUUCUCCACUGCCGCCUCCAUGCUGGGAUGUUGGCCUUGUGGUUCAGGUCACCUUGCUCUGCGCUACCAGACUGUUUACUAUAUCAGUGUCAGAAGGUGAUGGAAGAAUCCUGAAAACCACAUUGUCUCCUUUUCUGACUGGUAUGAAGGAAGGGUGUGGUUUUGCAUAGGGGUUUACCAAAGUCAACUCCUAUACUGCGUGGAGAUGUGUUUUGGCAUCAGCGUGCCUCUCCUUCCAGUGGGGGAAAAAAACCAUGUCAGUCCAACAUUGACAAGGCGGUAAGAUAUGGGUAGCUGAAUAAGUCAUGUUGUGCAAGCCACACAUUUUCUAUUAUGUAUUUGUAUAACUCACAGCAGAUUAUUAGUAGGAUCAGGUACUUGAAUUACUCAGUCAUUACACUCCAUAGUGCAGAGAACUGUCUUAAGCUCUGUCUACUUUGGUUAAGCUCUUGAAGUAGCAUCUUAAGCACCAAUGUUGUAGAAACAACCUGCAGAUCAUCAAAAUGCAGGGAUAAUCUUCAAUUCAUAAGUUUAUCCAUGAUUGCCUCAUAAUUACAUGUCAUGGCUGGGUCAUGGCACUGUGCAAAAGUUUUUGACUUGGCACUGGUCACCGUUGACUGUACCUCAACAAAAGGUUUGGAUAUCAGAGCAGAUGCCUAGUUUUGUUUUUGUGAUCAAAGAACUGCUUCUUGCAAACGCAGCUUGAGAUGGGCAAUGUGACUCUAGCUUGCCAAAUUGCUAUACUUUUGCUGCACUUUGGGGUUGAUAUCUGAAGUGCAGUGUCUCUAUCAGAAUUAAAAGAACUUCAGCGUUGGGGUUUAAAAAUCCCAGGUAUGCAAUACGAAGAGUUUCUGUAGUUUUUGCAUGAACUUCCAGAUCAUCUGACUCGGUGAACUGUCCCUCCUCAUCUUCCUGCCACAGCUACCUUUGACCAUGGUGAAAAUGUAACAUAAGUAUACUUUCUUUUAUAAGAAAAGAUGACCUUGGAAGGACCCCAUGAUUUGUUGCCUACACCCAAGUGUUGCUCAAAUAGCAUCUUGUUUUGAUAUCUGAUCAUCUGAUAAGAUGCUUUUGCUUGUUUAAAUCAUUUUGGUUUCAGUUUGUGACUUCAACAUAGUUGGUCCCACCGUAUCUGCUUUCUGGGGCAGGUCCAUCAUAGGUCUUUGGAUUCUGGAGAUAAAACUGGAGAUCAUUUAAAAAAACCUGCAUCCACUUCAUCUACCUCUUAUGUAUCAGGAAUAGUUUGUGUGAAGAUGUUGAUCCCCUUGGAUAGGAGGAAGAGUGAAACCUUCACACUGUCAUAGCAAUCAAGUGGGCUUAUUUGCUGAAAAGGUAGAAAAUGAGGCAGAAUAUCUCCCCGCUCCUCCCAUUUCUUUUUUAUCUACUCUAAUACUCUUUGGUGUUGCAGCAGAAGGGAACUCUCAGCUUCUUCAUACUGGUUGUGGUACCCCUCUGUGAGUUUUGGUGAAAAGGUACAGUCUGUCCGGCAAAAUUGGGUUUACAGCACAUCGCCGGAUUGUCCUGUACACACAAGUAAGCAAAAAUCCAGAGCUGCAGUGACUUUCUGAGAUGCAGCCAGAGUUCCCAACUCUCCUGGUCGAUGGUGAGGAUAAGUAGAAACACAGCUGGUAUUUCAAUCUGUUUGCCAAUGGAUGAUUUAGAUCUUUUUGCCCAUUGGAAAACUUCAUCCCAAAGUGCAGUCAGCAUACCAGGAGACUCAUAAGACUUAAGUUUUUAAUCAUGGCGCUGGAUGAUCGUGGUGUUAAGGCAGGGUUGGGGGUUGGUUAUUUAUUUAUUAAAUAAAGCUCUGAUUAGAUACGAACAGGCAUUGUAAAAUGACUGUUUCGUGGGAGAACUAUACGUAGGAAAACAAUUUAAAACAUUGAUGUCUAAUUACAAGUACGCACUGAUCCAUACCACACAGUCUUGCCUGCAGAGCAGGUGGCAGAAGGAUUUUUGCGGCGAACUUUUAAGUUAUAGCCAUUUAUUUAUGGAUAUUUAACAGUCUUAGAAACAGGUUGACAAUAGUGUUACAUUACUAGAUGUAUUUAAAUCUAUUAAAUCAUUCCAAAAAUGAUUCAGAGCAGCUCUCAACUUAAAAAAGGAGUAACAAUAUUUACUUUCAUUUGCCUCUUUACUCCAGGACUGUGGGUCUAAUGAUCACACAGACCACCACAAAACCAUCUUGUUUUCUCCAAGUCACUGGUAUGUAGGCUGGAUUCACACAUACUCAGCUAUAGUGAUUUGUUUAGUUUUGGUUUAGUGUUGAGUAUGGGCACAGUCAUUAAUCUUGGUUAAAACAAAUAUGGCUUAGGCCAGUGAUGGCAAACCUAUGACAUGUGUGUCAAAGGUGACAUGCCACAACGUUUUGGGUGACACACUAGCAUUCACCAACACUGGACAACAACUCUUCUCCCUGGUUGAGUUACCAAAGAAACUGAGUUUGUUUUACUCAUAUUUCAUUUUUGUAAUUAUUUGACAUUUCUUUAUACAUAGAGCAUAGCACCACACGAUUGAACUGUAUUUUUUUUAAAUAAAUGAAUAUGUAAAGAAUUGUUUCUCAUUUGUUGGGGGGCGGGUUGUGACAUGCCAGCAGGGUCAAGUUAGGCAUUUUCUGAAUUUUUGGCAUGCCAAGCCCAAAAGGUUCGCCAUCACUGGCUUAGGCCAUGUUCAAACUUACUGACAGGAAAUGGAGGCCUAUGGAACUGUGGUUCUGAGGCAAUGAUCAGUAAUAUAAAAUUGGACUCUCCAAUCUUUCUGCUGCCAGCUUUGUGUUCCCUGCCUAAGGGAACUUCAGUGGUUCCUGAUUCUUGAUAGAAAAGGUAUCAGUGAGGUUGAGGCUAUAUUCUGAAGUCUAGAAACCAUGGCCUUUCUGGGCCAGGAGGUUCCCUGUCCUGUAAUCAUCUUUUUUUAAGACAGGGAUGACCACUGGAGGUGAAAAGGUGUGCAAUGUUGUUUGGUCAAAUGCUGUUCAGUAAUUUUGGGCAGCAGUCAAGGCAGGAAACAUGUCCUCCAACGUCAUUCUUUAUUCUCCUUGCUUGUCUUCCUUGGACUGAAAGAGGCAGAGUUGCACUGAGCAACCAUUGCACCAAGAGGCUUGAAUGUUUGGCCAGCAUCAUCACACUUUUGAUCCUUCCUUUCUCCCAACCCCCUUUUUUUAAAUGAAGCAAUUGCUUCGUUGGCGGUAUGGCUUUUUCCCCAGCUCUGCAGUUUUGAGCUGAACAAUUAGGGUUGCUUGUGUGUUGCUGGCUUCGGCAGCGGCUGUUGGACUGUGUAGCUCCUGAUGGUUUAUGGUUGGCCAACACUCUUGGAAUCAUGAAAGGAUUCAAACUGGCUCUUCUCCUGCUUGUUGGAUGGUAAAGCUUUCUGUUUUAUAAAAUUUUAAUUGCUUUUUAAUUAAUAACAAAAAAGGAAAACACACAAAAAUAAUAACACACGAUCGAGGAGGAGAAAAAUCAUUUAAAAGCGCUAUUACCAAAAAACCCUGACAAAAAUGCAGCAGAAGAAAUAAAAACUUCUCAUAAUAUACCAUUAUAAUAGUAAAUAGUUACAAAUGGAUGCGAAGGCUUUCUUUUUGGCCCUUUGUCUGAUGAGAACUUCGUUUAAUGACUCUCCAAAUUUCCUAGCAUUUACAAAGCAAACCCCCCAGCUAGCUGUGAUUUUGAAUCCCAGUCUACAUUCCAGUAGAAGUGGGCAUUUCCACAGAAGCCACAUUAACCAUGUUCCUGGCUGCUUCUAACGGACAUGGCAGAAAGCUGCUUUGGGGGGCUGUGAACGGAUGGCGAUGGGAGUCCUCUCUGCAAGGCCCUUGGGUUUUUUUACUUGCAGCGGGCGCAUCUGGAGGCAGGACAUGUUCAUGUCUGGAAUAGUGAAAGGAAGAUAAACUGCUUCCAUAUAGGAAAACCCUAGUAGCUUCUGAAAAUCUGUGCAGGCCCUACUGCGGUUGCACUUUGCUGGCUGAAGGGAAAUCUCUCCUUUGUGUUACUUCCUGUUGUUCUAAGUGACAAAGAGGAAACCCCUUCAGGUUUGAAGAUAGCUGGAAUCCCCAAAGAGGUCUAGUUCUGCAGAAUGGGGCAAGGGUUUGGCUCAGGACAGCCUGCCGACUGACUCCGUUUGGAAGCCAGAAAUGUCAAGGUUAAGUCACGUUUACAGAAUUUUGUAUCAAUUCACUACGAUGUAAAAUGUUAAUGGGUGUGAAUUGUGGCCUGAACUUGAUGGAAGGAAGGAUGGCUUGCAAGGAUAGAAGGAUGGAGAGGUAUAGCUAUCGUUUCUUUUUUCUUAACUUAUGCCUUUAAUUUCUUGUGCUUACCAUGUCUUAGUCCCAAUAACACUGCUUGUUCUGGAAGGCAUACAAUGAUGAAUAUAUAUAUGUAUGUGUACUUAAUGGAAGAAGAUUGUGUUGCUAAGUAGAUUGCCAAGGUCCAUGUAAAGCGCCCAAGAGAAAAUAGUACAUCUUCUGUGAACUGCACACAAUUCUGAUUGUAGCAUAUUCACCCUUUCCAAGUUCAUAAAUCUUCUCCCCUAAGAAAGUAUCAUGCAAUUAACUAACAAAAGGAUUGAAUUUUUGUAGUUUUUUUUCUUCCUGGUUUUCAGUGUUGUACAAAGGAAUGUUUUUAAAAUGCACUAAAGAAGCGUGGUAUUAAAAUCAUCUACAGAAACUAUUGUAUGUUCAUGUUUACUAUAUGCCUUAUGAAUUAAAAAACAGGAGCUUAGAAGUUGAAAGAAUUAAUACACUGGAAAUAUUGUUUCCUUAUGACUGUUAAUGGCGUAUCAUCAGAUUUAAAGGCUGCGACUAUCUGUGAAUCCAAUAUAUUGUAAGAGUUUAGGAAAGCUAUGAUUUUUGGUCUAUGCAGUAUUUUUUUAACCACUUCUAUCAAAUGAGGCUUAACACCUUAUAAUAGGUAGGGGGCUUCUGGUCCUCCAGAUCUUGCUCAACUACAACUCCCAGCAUCCUUCACUGUUGUUUGCAAUUGUAGUUGAGCAUCUUUGGAAGCCGAGAAGUUUCCUACCCACCUUCUGACACUAAAGAGCUAUUCCGUCUGCACACUGCAGAUUCUGUUGUCCAUUUUUGUUCCAAAUGCUUAAUUUUACUACUUCUGUCAAGUAUGUAGAAUUUAACUGAAUAAAGCUUGGAGGGACUUAAUGGGUAUUCCUUAUUUGUACCCCUGGUACUUCCUUUUUAUUUUCAAACCAUCUGCAGAAGUGGUUUCUUACUGUUCUUAUUACCAUGUAACUUUAAUUAACUGCAGUGUAAUAAAUUAUCCUGC